GUCCCGUAGGCGGGCUGAGAGCGCGUGGCUGGUAGGAGAGGAGGGUGUCUCCCAGAGGUACGCUCUCUCAAGCCCGCCCCCCACCCCCGCGGCGAGGGCGCCCCCACCUAGCCGCGCGCGCUGCUUGGCCGGGUUUAGGCAGCGGUGUGAAUGGAGCGGCCGAGGCUCCUGGCUCCUCCUCCUCCCCCGCCGCCAGCCCCUCUUAUUUGAGCUUUGGGAAGCUGGGGGCAGCCAGGCAGCUGGGGUAAGGAGUUCAAGGCAGCGCCCACACCCGGGGGUUCUCCGCAACCCGGUCGUCUGUGCGCUCCCCCCUUCCCACCCGCCCUCCCACUCACUCAUUCACUCACCCACCCACCCACCCAGAGACGGGACCGCAGCCCAGGAGCCGGGGCGCCGCCGCCUCCUUGCCGCGAUCCUGGACUUCCUCCUGCCGCAGGAGCCAGCUUCCACGUGUGCCCCGGAGCCGGCGUCUUCACACUCGCUCCGCUCCGGGUCUGGGUGCCUUCAGCACCCCGAGCAGCCGGGGCUCCGGGGCCCAGGCGGCCUCUGGGCCAAGUUAGGUGCGGCCGAGUACAGCGCCGAGCGUCUGCAAGGCCGAAGGAGCCGCGGGGCAUCCGGGGCUGAGCCGCAGCAAAUGGGCUCUGACGUGCGGGACCUGAAUGCGCUGCUGCCGGCGGUACCCUCGCUGGGUGGAGGCGGUGGCUGCGCCCUGCCCGUGAGCGGCGCCGCGCAGUGGGCGCCGGUGCUGGAUUUUGCACCCCCGGGCGCCUCGGCUUACGGUUCGCUGGGCGGUCCUGCGCCGCCGCCGGCCCCGCCGCCACCCCCGCCGCCGCCGCCGCCUCACUCCUUCAUUAAACAGGAGCCGAGCUGGGGCGGCGCGGAGCCGCACGAGGAGCAGUGCUUGAGCGCCUUCACCGUGCAUUUCUCCGGCCAGUUCACCGGCACAGCUGGAGCCUGUCGCUACGGUCCCUUCGGUCCUCCUCCGCCCAGCCAGGCGUCCUCCGGUCAGGCCAGGAUGUUCCCCAACGCGCCCUACCUGCCCAGCUGCCUCGAGAGCCAGCCCGCUAUCCGCAACCAGGGUUACAGCACGGUCACCUUCGACGGGACGCCCAGCUACGGUCACACGCCCUCGCACCACGCGGCGCAGUUCCCCAACCACUCUUUCAAGCACGAGGACCCCAUGGGCCAGCAGGGCUCUCUGGGCGAGCAGCAGUACUCCGUGCCGCCCCCAGUCUAUGGCUGCCACACCCCGACCGACAGCUGCACUGGCAGCCAGGCCCUGCUGCUGAGGACGCCGUACAGCAGUGACAAUUUAUACCAGAUGACCUCCCAGCUUGAAUGCAUGACGUGGAAUCAGAUGAACUUAGGAGCCACUUUAAAGGGCCACGGCACAGGGUACGAGAGUGACAACCACACGACGCCCAUCCUCUGUGGUGCCCAGUACAGAAUACACACCCACGGCGUCUUCAGGGGCAUUCAGGAUGUGCGACGUGUGCCUGGAGUUGCCCCAACUCUUGUCCGGUCGGCAUCUGAGACCAGUGAGAAACGCCCCUUCAUGUGUGCUUACCCGGGCUGCAAUAAGAGAUAUUUUAAGCUGUCUCACUUACAGAUGCAUAGCCGGAAGCACACUGGUGAGAAACCAUACCAGUGUGACUUCAAGGACUGUGAACGCAGGUUUUCUCGUUCAGACCAACUCAAAAGACACCAAAGGAGACACACAGGUGUGAAACCAUUCCAGUGUAAAACUUGUCAGCGAAAGUUCUCCCGGUCUGACCACCUGAAGACCCACACCAGGACUCAUACAGGUAAAACAAGUGAAAAGCCCUUCAGCUGUCGGUGGCCCAGUUGUCAGAAAAAGUUUGCCCGCUCAGACGAAUUAGUCCGCCAUCACAACAUGCACCAGAGAAACAUGACCAAACUCCAGCUGGCGCUUUGAGGGGGUCUGACCGGGGGACAUGUCUGUGUCCCAGGCAGGACGGUGUGUGAACUCCUUUCAAAUCUGACUUUAAAAUUCCUCCUCACUCACCUCUCUAAGAAGGAAAUGGCCGGUGGUCUUCUUCAACCAGCUUCCAAGACAAGAUGGCUGUGCUGCUGGAUCCCGCCAGGUUUGCCCCAGGCCGCUGGGCUCUGCUUGGCUUGCUUUUCCAGAGACCCUGGAGAAGUGGCUGACAAAGUCCAGUUAGUUCAAAGCCCAUCUCUGCCAUUUGGUCUGGGUUUUCCACUGGGAGAAGAGCCAUUAUUGGUAACGUUACCCCCGCCCCCUCUUCUCCUUUUACGCUCCUUUUCACUAGGAAUGGAGUCAUUGUACCAUUUUCCAUCAUAGAAUAUUUACAGGCUGGGGCAUGUGUAUGUGUCUGCUAAUGUAAACUUUGUCAUGGUUUCCACUUACUAACAGCCAGAAAUAAAUCAGAGAGCAAGGCACCGGGGCUGAGCCCUGUCUGACAUUUCGGAGGCUAGGCAGGCCGCUAACCUGGACAGCGCGAUGUACUGCUCCCAGGCCCCUUAAGAGACAUGUGUGUUUCAAGCAGCCUAAGAAAGAAUCAGAACUAACCAGUACCUCUGUAGAGAAAUCAAAAAGAAUCUUCCCGUUGAGCUAAUUCAAUGUUAACACUAGCACAAUGCUGUUAAGCUGUGCUUGGAGAUCUGAGAUUUGGGGUUUAUUUUUGACUUUUUGGAGUUGUAAUCACAUUCCUCUUCAGAGAUGUACAUCUCUCCUCACACAAAGGAAGUGGAAUUCAUUUUUAUCAUCUAGGGUGUCCUUAGAAUGUACAGACCGUGUUGGGUAUGUGGCUUCAAGUUGUAAAAAUUAAAGUGAUUCUAGAAGAAAAUUGGGCUGGUCCAGCAUCCCCACUGAUAAGACUGUUGUUAAGUAACUUUGAGUCUAACAGUGUAUGUGGCAAGAUGAGACUUACUAGUGUGAGGAAAUCCAUUAAGGGUGGUUGAGUGUGUGUGAGUGUGUGUGUGUGUGCAUGUGUGCUAAAGGAGGGUGUUUAUUAUUUACUGUUGCUUGAAAUUAUUGUGUAAAUGUAUAUAUCUGAUCAUGAUUUGCUCUUUGACAACUAAACUUAGGAAAUGUGUAAAUGUUAGAUGCAUCACUGUUUUGGUGUUGAUCUUACAACAUAUCAAUGAUAACACUAAAAAUGUAACCUGCAUUUUUCACUUCACUCUCAAUUAAAGUCUCUUCAAAAGGAAAGUGGCAAGAUUG